UAUGACAUGAUAACCUCUAAUGAUAAAAAGUCAAAAAGUGUAAACAAUGGCCAUAUUAACUAGAUUAUUGAUAUGAAGAAACGUUUCGAAUAUAACUAAAAAUGAGAAAAACACGACCGCAGCUUCGUAGUGUCAAGACAAAAUACGCAAAUCCAUACAUUGUAUUUUUUAUUUUUGUCUUAGUUAUUUGUAUAUUUUACUUUUCACUGAAAAGCUCAAAAAGCUUAAAAAAUGAAGUUGAUGAGGUUCAAAGCAAUGAAGAAAUCAAGGAACCAUAUUUUAAGAGAGAAAAACCAAUAUCUUUUAAAGGCCAUAAGGUUGUACAUUUAGAUUUAAAAGGCGCCCCGCCAAAAAUAGAUUUUUAUAAAGAUUUAUUUCCUUUACUUGCCAAGUUUGGAGCAACAGGAGUUCUUAUAGAAUAUGAGGAUAUGUUUCCUUAUAAAGAUAAUUUGAUAAAUAUAAGUGCCACAAAUGCAUAUACAUUACAGAAUAUUAGGGAAAUUAAUAGAUUAGCAAAAGAGCACAAUUUGACAGUUAUACCUCUCAUUCAAACAUUUGGUCACUUGGAGUUUGUUUUGAAGCUUAAAGACUAUGAGAUGUUACGAGAGAUUUCAGAGUAUCCACAAGUAAUUUGCCCUACACAUCAAAAGACUGAACAGUUACUAGAAACUAUGGUACAACAAAUGCUUGCAGCUCACCCAGAUAGCCAAUUCAUACACAUUGGGGCAGAUGAAGUGUAUUAUCUAGGGAUAUGCGAACGCUGUACUGACACUAUGAUAAAACAUAACCUUUCAAAGAAUCUCUUAUUUAUAGCACAUAUUAAAAAUGUUAUUAGCAUUGUUAAACGUUUUAACCCUCAUAUAACGGUAUUAAUGUGGGAUGAUGAGUUUAGAUCUUUUAGUGAUGCAGAUCUGGCUAAUAGUAAUUUACAUAAUAAUGUUGAACCUGUGAUAUGGAAGUAUACUAAAGAUGUUUAUGAUGAGUUAGGUCCUACCUUGUGGGACAGCUACCAAAAAGUUUUUAAAAAUGUUUGGAUUGCCAGUGCUUUCAAAGGAGCAACAGGCAGCAAUGAGAUUGUUCCAUAUGCAACACACUAUCUACAAAAUCACCGCAGCUGGAUGUCUGUGGUUGCAGAAUACUCAAAUCAGUUUAAUUUUAAAGGGAUCAUCAUUACUGGUUGGCAAAGGUAUGAUCACUUUGCUGUGCUCUGUGAACUAUUACCUGUUGGGCUACCAACAUUGGCCAUGAGUCUGAGAAUUUUACUAGGUUUCAACGAUUCUCCUCUAAGUCCCCCAACAGAAAUCGCAAAGUUAUUGAAAUGUGAACAACCUUAUGCCCUCAUUGGUCCGGUGUUUGGUAGUCCUAAAUGUUCCUUUCCUGGUGGAGAAGUCCUCGAGCAUGUCAUUCAUUUUCAACAAUUAAAACAAGAAUUUGAAUCUAUUUUGGAAGAUUCCCGCAUUAAAGGUUGGAUGAGUGAUUAUAAUGUUGCCCAUUGUUUUACUAACAUCAACAAUGUCGAAUCAGUCACUACUUCCCUUGGAAGGAUCCGAGAUGAAUUAAUUGAAAUUAAAUCUCUUCUAACCUCUGCUUUAUCGGAGGUGUAUGAUAACUAUACUGUAGAAGAAUGGAUAGAAACUUAUGUUAAGCCUUUAGAGACACAUAUUAACUUGUUAUGGGACGCCAAAAAGAAACUUGUAGCAAAAACAACUUGGAAUAGAAGACCAUUUAAUAAAGAUUCUUGUAAAUAAAUAUAGUUUCAAGUU